AUGUUCUGGAGUGUCGGGAUCAUGACGGGGUUAUUCGAGGGAGAGCUCCCGCACCACAGCAUCGAGUUCCUGUUCACAAUUCUAGUGGCGUUGUGUGGAUUUUCCAUGUUUACGACUCUCUGCGCGACGAUUUUCGUCAUUUCCAAGUGCGAAAGCGGCCAAACGGAGGCCAUGGAGGCGCGGAUUAACCAGCUCGUUCAUGUUUUGUCCUUCCAUCGCGUCCCGGAAGAUCAACAAACCCAGGCGAUUGAAUAUCUAAAGCGCUAUUACACCGAUACGGAAUCCCACGACCGCGAGACUUGUAAACUGCUGUGCCCGUCGAUCGCUAAUGACAUCCAAGUGGAGCUUUGGAAGGCAACCAUCGCGGAUAUUUCCAUCUUUGAAGGGUGCACCGACCAGUUUAUCGUGGCCAUGACGAGUCUACUGGAAAUGGUCGCGUUCCCCGCCCAGGCCACAUUAUUUUCCACAGGGGAUCACGGAGAUGCCAUGUAUGUGGUCCACUCUGGAGUUUUCGCUAUUGUCAUCAAUUCGGUUAUGGUCCGCGAGAUCCGCAAAGGCUCCUGCUUCGGAGAACUCUCGGUCUUUUCUACCAUGCCACGCACAGCCACAGUGAUCUCGACAACCUAUUUCUACAGGGAUAUCCAGAAUGCGCUUCUCUGA